AUGUUCGAACCGGGCCGGAUAGCUCUCCAUAAACGAAAGAACGUAACGAUCGAUGAACUAUUCGCGCGAAAAGAUGGCACCACUUUGGAGACGUGUCGACAUGAUUUUGCACAACUUUUACAAAUGAAACAAGAUUAUUCUUGUCGACAAAAGCGAAGUUCGCUUCUCGUUGAUCCAUGUCGAAUAGAUGACGCGGCGUUAAUACAUUUAUUUGCUUCUUUAUAUCAAAAGUUGUCUACGGCGCCAAUGUCAACAGAAGAACAUCUGAGUCAAAUAUCACUCAUUAAACAAGUGAUUAAAGAAUCCAUUCUGAUCGAAUGGCCGAAAGCGAUUGGAGGUUUAGGACCAGGGGGAGAAGAGGAUUAUAUUGAGGUAGACUGUCCCCCAUUGAUACACCGAGCACGAAAUGUGGUGAAAUGUCGGAGUAGUCAUCCAACGAUUCGUGUAAAAGUUUGCGCAAUCAGCCAAUCGGCCGGUCUCCCUAAAACGGUUGAAGCGUUCUUUCGGGCCACUCUCGUUAAACUAUCAUCGGAUUCAGCUGAAUCAAAGCAAGUGGCUGGUCGAAUUAUCCUUACACAACGCGAGGGAACGCCAGCUACGAGAAAUUGUGAUCAUAGUGGAGCCGUAGUUGACUCGGAUGGACGCGUGGUGGCAUCGCAAGCCGCCAGUGAUACCCAUUCAUAUAUUCUUUUGGAGAGAUAUGGUGAGACAAACGUUAAAACGAGUCCGCUAAAGUUCGAGAAUGGAGUGCUUUGUGCAACGUUUCCUGAAAUGGGAGUUGCAUUGAAUUCAAUGAUUGAUCGUCGCCAACUAGCCACUCGGUAUGCAAUCCAAGUCGAAGUCGGUCUCAACAUCGAUAACAAGCUUAUCGUCGAGCAUACCCUGCAUUCACAUCCAUUUCUGAUUGCAAUCACGAACGAUCAAACCGAGCCCCUUCUAUUAUCGAUAUUCUGGCAUCGUUUACUCAACGUCGAUAUACCAGACCCGAUGGAGGCAAUCGCUCCACUUCCUGCUCUUCCUUGGAAGGUGCUUCGAGAAGCGCUAAUGCAUUUCCCAAAAAUUUUGUGCAAUGCAUCUCGUUCACUUCAUCACUCGGAGCUGCUCCAUGUCCAGUGCAUGCUACUUUUUCCCAGAUUUAUCAAAUGCCACUCGGAAGAGCAGUUGAAUUCGAUGGAAAGACUUCUUUUUGGGAACGAGAGUGAGGAAAGAGAGGGAAUCGGACAUUUGGAGAGAAUUCGCAAUCGUUUAUUGGAAGAAGAGAUCGAUCCCGAGUUGUUCAUCGAAAAGGAUGAAGUGUUUGUGACUCGUUGCGUCUCGCUAUUGGAUAUGCAAACCGAGUUGAAGCAUACGCUAUGGCAAUGGAUCUUUAAGGCAACAGAGAUGAUCAUGGAUGUGGGUCAUAAGUUGUGUCCUCCACCACUUCUCGAGAGAAAGGGUAGUAAGACAAAGCGACAGCUUGCCGCCUCUGAUGACUAUCUCACAAUGGCCACACUUUUCAAGAGAGGAAUUCUCUCCUUUUCAUCAGCCCAUCGCACUUGCCAACUUUUGGGUGAUUUGUGUGCAGAUGCUACAACAUCUACUAACACUCAAAAAAAAGCGAUGAUUGUUCGAUUUUGCGAUGAAAACGCAGGCGCUCUCAGCCUCGCUUUUGCAAAUGGAGAAGAGAAACCGAUUUUUGGAUCCGUAACGGCUGAUCAAAUCAAAGACUUUAAACAAGGAUUGCCUGAGGUUCUCAUCGAUGAAUCGUUUCCAUCAAAGUUCGAGAAUAUCAUUCUCCUUGACUUUCCCCCAUCCGUCGAGUUUGGGAUUUCAAUUCGAAAGAAAUCGACAAUCUUUCAUUACUAUCGCACUCAGCGACAACCAGCAAAGGGGAUCUUGGUGCGCGAUGAGGAGACUGUUCGUGUCAAUCCACUCACUGGUGAAGUUCUUCCCCGGCGCUCCACUCCAUCACCCGAAGCCGAGUCCCGUGAUGAAGACCUAGAGAAUCAUCCAAUGUCAGUGCCACCAAAUCUGUUCACAUUGAUGCAACAAUUGACAGCUCCAUCUCUUGGAUCACCCUUGCUCCCACUCGCCUCACCCAUAGUUCCCUCCCCGAUUCCACUUCUUUCCUCCACUGCAAUCACUCGAUCCGUUCUUCCACCACCAAUCAAUCUAUUCAAUCAAUUGGCUCCAAAUCAGCGGGCCCUCGAAAUUUUUCUGAAGACCUUCUCCGGUCUUCAAAACGCGAACACCACACAAUUACAGGAUUUUGACUUUGAUGAAACUGAUGUGACUCCCGCAAAGAGAUCUCCAAAA